AUGGAGACAGUCUGGCUGGCAUGGGUGUUCGUUGUGGUGAUCGUCGUCGGUUGCCUGGGAAAUCUUCUUUCUCUUUACGUUUUCAGCCGGCCCCAUAUGAGGACGGCUUCGGUUUGUUUUUUUCUCAGAUUAAUCUCGAAACCAGCCUAUUUGAUGGUGUAAGGAACUCUGUAUGGGUUCUCUUUAUGUCUAGAAAUUUUCUCAAUGUUUCUCAAGGAUAAGUUCAUCUCACAGGUUCAGUCUGUAAACUUAUACUUUUGGAAAAGUUUUUCAACGGUUGUCCGAGUCUAAUACUUUUACCGUACAUGGGCAGACCAUUUUUAAAGGCCGCCGCCUUUUCUUUUCUAAGUUUUCUUAAAAUUUUCAUUGCAACUUUGGAACGCCAGAGAGGUCCUUAUAAGGUUCAAGGAAAACAGUUCCUAUGAGGGUCAACAAAUUGUCCAAUAUAGGGCUAAAAUUUAGGUGGUCCCUUCAGGGUCUGACCUCUGAGACCUUUAAGCUCAAGUGGUCCCUAUAGAGUUUUUUGAUGAUUUUUUAAGUUUGAAAAUCAAAAGGCUUGAUUAAAUACAAUUCUCUGUGGAUAGUUUUCAUUCAAAUAACACGAACUUGCUGAGUUUGCGAUCAGCAUUAAGUGGCCCCUAUAGGGAGAGGUAGCUCCUGACUUCUUAGCAUUACCGUUUUCAGAUCAGUGUAUUUCUGUGCGCGUUAUCAUUCGUCGACUUGGUGUUGCUGAUUUUAGCCGUUCCAACUUUCGUUGCUCCAUAUGAACAGUUUUGGUCAGCCGUCUUCAUUUUAAAAAUACAUAAUUGACGCUGAAAAUUUCAGGGAGUACGGCCGACUAGACACACGGCGAUCAACCUUCCUGGCGCACGUUUGGAAGUUCGUUUAUCCGGUGAACUUGACGAUGCAGACGUGCAGCGUCUACGUUAUGGUCAUGAUCACUCUGGAGCGAUGGACGGCCGUUUGUAGGCCUCUCCAGGUCCUGAAUCGAGUUUCAGACGUCUUUUCUUAGUUACAACAUCCAAAAUCAUCAGGGAAAGAAAAAAUACGACAAGAGCAAGUUUUUCCAAUUCCGAAGAGUACUGUAUGAAAAAGCCCGCAUUCUGAGGCGUGUACUUCGAGUGUUUACACUGUUGUUGCGGGACGUUUCCUAUUCUUCCAUCACUUACUAGGGAACGUUUUUUACACCCCAGUUGUACUUUUGCUGAAACUUUGCUGAAGUGUACUUUCGGACCAUCUGAUUCCAGAACAGAAAGAAAACUUCUCGCAAUAGAUCUUGUUUCCGAGUUAGGCCACUUCAGAAACCCGAAAUAGCCCUUUUUUGGCCUAAUUUGCGUAUUUUGCACACUUUGAAGCUCUAUAACUCGGAAACAAGAUCUAUUGCGAGAAGUUUUUUUCAUUAUUUUAUCUGCAAUCAGGAGGUCCGAAAGUAGACUUCAGCAAAGUUUCAGCAAAAGUUCAACCGGGGUAAAAAACGUUCCCUGGAUUUUGUGUAUUUUUCAUGGUGGAGAGGAACCAUCAUACUAUUCAUCUUAAGCUCCUUAAAAAUCCCGACUUGAAAAUGUUCGACCUGUCUGCGCUCUCUUUUCUCUCACCAACACAUGAAAACUGGAUUCGCGGAAAAUCGAAAUUUUUUCAAGAUCAGUCGAUUAUCGACGAUUUUUUCAGGUCAGAGCCUGCUACACUCCUCGGAAAUCGGCCUUCAUCCUCUUGAUAAUUUUCACGUCAGCCUGCGCCUACAACUUCAUCCGCUUCUUCGAAUAUCGGUUAAAGUACGUUUCCGAUCGAGAAUAUGGUUGAAUUUGGCUGGAAAAUCUCAUUAACAUAAUGAAAAGGGAUGUAAGAAAAUGAAAAUUUCAAUUAUUUUGUUCGAAAUGACUUCACAGAGAGUUUUAAAUUUUACAAAAAGAUAUGAAUCACUAGAAAGUGUGUAGACCUUUUUUAGUAGUUGUUUUCUUGCUCUCUAUUUGAAAAUGUUUCCUCAUCCUGUUGGAAAAGGCAGGCUCGAUUCUUUGCGAAGCCAUCAAGCGCAAGUCGUUUUUGGUCGGGCGAAGCGUUGCGACCAUAGGCUUGAUGAUUAUAGCAAAUCUUAGAGACAGAAAUAUUCGAAUUUUGAAGGUCUUACCAGGGAAUGGUCUCCGGUCGCAGUGGGACCCCCGAAUGAGACCAAGUUUUCUAGAUGUAGUUUUUCACGCUGAGCUCAAAUCUGGUCUCAAAAACUGCCGAGGAGAUCUGUGAAAAAAGUUAUGGACCCUCAAAAGUCGAAAAUUUCAGUGUUUCGGAUUGAGCUCAUUUUUAAAGGGUCUAUAGAUCUUGCCCUUCUGGUCACGAAAAACUAACAAUUUUUUUUCAAAAAAAUUUCGGAGCCAAGAUAUGACCUUUCAAAGCCUCCCCCCACUCAAAAGAAUGCGCGCGCGGUGUCCUAUUGCGAUCCGGCGACCGUCGAAGCAACGGCAGCGAGGAGCAGUAGAAAGGCGGCGGACUGGGGAGCACGAGGUCAUAGGUUCGGCGCCCACUCUGUGCAAACUUUUUUUGCAGUUUUUUCUCUUUUCUAUGAUUUUGUGUAAGUGCUCUUUUUGUGAGUUUUGAGGCGUAUAAACAUGAAAAUUCUUCGUUUUUUUAGCCUACUCGAACUUCUAGAAUUAUUUUCGUCAAAAUUUUUUUUUUUCAUUUUUCUGUUCCUAAAAGAUUUAUAAGUUUAAAUAGUCAUAGAUACGCCGACAUAUCCCACAGAAAAAAAUUUUUCCUGGCUUUUUUAGAGCUCACCGUUCAACCACGGCUCAUGAGAAAAAAAAAAUAAACCCGCAUUUUUUCAACUUUUUGCUGAAACUUUCAAAGAAAUCUCUUCUGAUUGAUACAUACCACAAUUGGGUUCGAAAUCCCAAAAUAAUUCGUUCUAAUGGAAUUUGUGAAAGUUCACAGUCCAGACAGACUUUUUCGAGAGGAACUUUCGAAGAAAGAAAAGAAACUUUUAUUCAACAAUAAAUUUUGUUUUUGCGCGUUCUCAUUUUUUCUACUUCGGAAAAAUCGCGCAAAAAAAAACUUUUUCAGGCAUAAGGUGAUGAUCAUAGGUCAAAUCACUGCAACUCUCAAAGAAUUUUUUUGGAAGAGAAAAAAAUUCUGUGGUUUUUUUCUCGGUGUAUCAAUGAAUAAUUGGACUAAAAAAACUUUAAAAAUAAAAUUUAAAAAAAGAACCAAAAAAAUUUUUUUGAAAAUUUUUCCUCACACCUAUGCUCAUGUACAUAAAGAAUAACGAAAAAUUCUAUGAAAAAUUCUUUGAGAAAAAAAAGUCCAGGUGUUUGAAUAGGUUCAAAACGGCGAACUUUCACAAUGUUACGCUUCAAAACUCGAAAAAGAGCACUUACGCAAAAAUUUUCUCACUCCAACCCAUGCUCAUACACAUGAAAAAUCUCGAAAAAUUCGAUGAAAAAAAAUUUUGACGAAAAUAAUUCUAGAAGUUCGAGUAGGCUAAAAACGAAGAAUUUUCAUGUUUAUACGCCUCAAAACUCACAAAAAGAGCACUUACACAAAAUCAUAGAAAAGAGAAAAAACUGCAAAAAAAGUUUGCACAGAGUGGGCGCCGAACCUAUGACCUCGUGCUCCCCAGUCCGCCGCCUUUCUACUGCUCCUCGCUGCCGUUGCUUCGACGGUCGCCGGAUCGCAAUAGGACACCGCGCGCGCAUUCUUUUGAGUGGGGGGAGGCUUGGAAAGGUCAUAUCUUGGCUCCGAAAUUUUUUUGAAAAAAAACUGUUAGUUUUUCGUGACCAGAAGGGCAAGAUCUAUAGACCCUUUAAAAAUGAGCUCAAUCCGAAACACUGAAAUUUUCGACAUUUGAGGGUCCAUAACUUUUUUCACAGAUCUCCUCGGCAGUUUUUGAGACCAGAUUUGAGCUCAGCGUGAAAAACUACAUCUAGAAAACUUGGUCUCAUUCGGGGGUCCCACUGCGACCGGAGACCAUUCCCUGGUUAGGAGUACUGAAGGGGUCGCUCUAGGUGUUAUGGGAAAAGCAGCCCCUAUAGGGGACAAACAGGUGCUUCUUCUCAUGGAGCUCUUAUCAACAACGGAGUAGUAUGCUCCCCCAUAGGGUCUUUAGAAGAGAACCUUCGAAAAGUCUUAGAUUGUCUCAUAAGGAAUACUCUGGCGUUUCAAAAGUCAUAUCGAUUCAGACACACGAAAAAUUUUGCCUACGUCACGACGUGGCUACGCGACUCUGAGAAGUAUUGGUGAGUUAUUCAACGCGUCUAGUAUUAGCAAAAAUGAGAAGUUUUGAUUUUAAUUGUGUAACUUAUCUUUUUUUUUGGUGAAUUCUCAUUUUCUUUUGAUUUAUGUUGGGCUUCAUUAUUACUUUUUUUUUGCAGGCGUUUUAGAAUCUGAAUUUAAAACUUGAUAAAAAAAAUAUCAAAACCAUUCAAAAAUUUAGAUUUUUCCCGGUCUUGUGGUAAUAGCCGAAUCACGGCUGACUUGAUUCAUUGAAAAAUGGGUCCUGACAUGAUAAAAAAAAAGAGAUAGUGCUUGGUUGGUGGAGAGUGUAGACAGGCCACGCCUCUUUGCGUCCCAUUGAAAUUUUCCAGUUUUACAGUCUCCAGAAACGAUUUUGAGAUUGGAAUUCGAUUUCAUUUUUUUUUUUGAAAAAAUUUCAAAAUUAAAGAUCUCACUUUCAAGAAAGCUUGUCUUUUUUUGUGAUUUUUUAUCGAUUUUAGGAAAAAUUAUGUAAUUUUGCAGGUGGUACUACGUUGGUUACUACACAGUCCUCUACAAUUUGACCCAUUUUCUGAUCCCAUUUUCCAUAAUUGCCGUGGCAAAUGUCCAAAUUAUCGUUGUACUGUAUCGGAGCAGUCAAACGAGACACAAACUCACGGGACAGGUUUUGUUUUCUAUACUAUAAAUCGAUUUUUCCACAAAAUGGCUAUUUCGAAUCAGUUCAUAGGGGAUUUAGCCAGUUAAACAUGGAUUUACGCCAGAGUGGUCCCUAGAGAGGUUAGAGGAAAACAGCCCCUAUAGGGGACGAAUUAGUGCUCCCUAGAGGGUUGAAGUUUAGGUCAAUAAAGGUUUUGACCCUAAAGCCCCUAAAGCUCGAGUGGUUCCUAUAAAGGUUUACAAUUUGACCCUCAAGCCCCUCAAGCUCAAGUGGUCUUUUAACUUCUUUUUUAUUGUUUGAAAGAUAAAAAGGCUUUUGAAUAUACGUAUUGGGACUACUAGUUCGCUCCCUUAAAGUUGCCACUUCUUUAGAGCCCCCUAUAGUGAAAUGCAAGGUGUUCACCAUAAAGGGCCUUUCAAGUACACUUCCUGAAAGAAAAAAACAGUUUAUGGAUGUUUUGAAGAGACUUUUUCGAAUUUUCCAGCAACAACGGGAGCACUCGACAACGUUAAUGUUGCUCUGUGUGACGAUGGUCUUCGUUUCUUGUAAUACCCUUCCGUUCAUACUCAAUAUCGUGGAAGGCGUCUUUCCCAACGUUUUUGUGUCAAGUGGCGAGGUUGGUGAGCUUGGAGCAGCGGCUAAGAGUUUUGGUUAGAGUAGGCAGUACCUUGGAUCGGAUCCUCUUGGGAAUUUUUUGUUUUUUCGAUAGUUUUUCAAGUGAAAUUGAUCUUGAGCUCUGAUAUAAGGAAGGGUUAUACCGUUUUCUAAGUGAGCCCCGUGAAGUGCAAAAUUAUUUCUGUCUCUAAAAAAUUUAGUUAUUUUUCUUUUUCUGACGGCUAUUUUAACUUUUUGCAAAAUUAAUUUGUACACGGAAAAAGGUUUUUUUCAAAUAACAAUUUUUUUCAAAACCAAUCUCAAUUUCAUUUUAACAACCUCAAUAAAAUUUUGUAAAUGAAGUAGUGGCCAAGGGCUUCGAAUAAGGCCCAAGAAGUCUUUGGAUCAGAUCCCCUGAGGUUUUUCAUUACUUUAUGUAAUAACUUCUUCUUCUUCUUCUACUUUAUGUAAUAACUCUUAUACACAAUUCUAGAUGACUUCAAUGUUCGUCUACGGAUACGUAUAGUCAAUCCAUCCCGAUUUGAAAGGCGAGGCAGGCGGAGAAGGGGUCGAGACGCGUAGCGUGUGCGUACGCGUUUCUUGGCACGAGUUCAAUUCAACUGCCAUUACUUGAAAAGCUCGCUCACCGCUCUUUUUGUAUCUAUUCUACUAUUUUCAAAGCACAAAUGAAAAAAAAACGAAAAAGAAUUUUAAAAAAAGAGCGAUAAACAAGCUCGUCAUAUAGUCGAUGUCGGUUGAAUUGGACUCGUGCCAAGAGCCGCGUACGCGUCUUUUCCCUUUCUCCGCCUCCCUCGCUUUUUUUAAGUCGGAAAAACAUUGACUAUAUUUACUACUUUUUACCGUUGAUUAACUUGGAGUGAUGGUUAAGAGCUUUGUUCUAGGGUGUAGAGGUCCUUGGAUCGAAUCCUUUGUUUUUUUUGGUCAUUUUCUGCAAAACCGGUGAUCUUCCUACCAUAAUAGUUCCAUCAGCUAAAAUGAAAAUAUUAGUUUUUCAGGACGACAUCCUCAUCGCCAACACGAUGAUCGACAUUUCCAAUUUAUUAGUCGUUCUGAAUUCAACUUCGACUUUUGUCAUCUACCUUUUUUUCUCCAGAAAGUACUGUCAGACCGUCACCGGCCUGUUCAAGUUCGGUUUUAGAUUUCUUUUUUCGAAUUUCGAGAUUUGUCUUGAUUUUUUCAAAAUUAUUCGGAAUAAGAUUCAGUUAAAAGUAUUUCAAUUUCUCUUGAUUUUUUGUUGAAAUUCCGUGGCCGCAGUUAAAAUGGCUCUGUUUGAGGAUGAAAAAAAUAUUUAACACAGUGUAUGUAUUUACUGAAAAAAAGUUUUUCCAUAAUUCAAUUUUUUCAUUACUAGAGCUAAAUUUUUUUGAUCCUUUUUGAACUGAAUUUCCAUUAGAAAUAGUUUUGAAAUUGAAAUUUUUUUAUUUCUAUACAAGGAACUACUUUCAUUGAGAAUAUAGAUUAUUUUAUUUAUUUUUUUGAAAUUUCAGCCUGAAGCAACAACGGCCGCUACGAUACUCCUUCAUGACAUGA